AUGGCGCCAGCUCAGACGAAACCCGGUGAAAGCACACCCCCUGUAAUGUGCCUUCCCUACAUUUUUGCAAAGCGCGUUUCCUGCUACGCGCCUUAUUAUCUCUCUGUCAGAAAAGGUCCCUCCCUGCGCGCUCUACGUCUAGAGGAUCUGCGAAUCCCUAUUGCUUAUGUUAAAACUUUCCAAGGCCCGCCUCAUGGCAUCCAGGUUGAAAGAGAUAAAUUGAACAAGUAUGGUCGCCCCCUAUUAGGAUGUACUAUUAAACCUAAAUUGGGGUUAUCCGCUAAGAACUACGGUAGAGCAGUUUAUGAAUGUCUACGUGGCGGACUUGAUUUUACCAAAGAUGAUGAGAAUGUGAACUCCCAACCAUUUAUGCGCUGGAGAGACCGUUUCUUAUUUUGUACCGAAGCACUUUUUAAAGCACAGGCUGAAACAGGUGAAAUCAAAGGGCAUUACUUGAAUGCUACUGCGGGUACAUGUGAAGAAAUGAUGAAAAUGGCCAUGUGUGCCAGAGAAUUGGGAGUUCCUAUCGUAAUGCAUGACUACUUAACAGGUGGGUUCACUGCAAAUACUACCUUGGCUCAUUAUUGCCGAGAUAACGGUCUACUUCUUCACAUCCACCGCGCGAAAAUCCUUGUUGGAAAACUCACCCACUAG